AUGGUUAUCACCUCUUCACAACCGUGUGCUAUUAAUUCUCUCAUUUCGGAUUUGGCUACUGUUUUUCCUGUUAAAGAUCUUAGUACACUCUUUUACUUUCUCGGUCUUGAGGUUGAUUACACUGAUACUGGCUUGUUUUUGUCACAACGUAAAUACAUCAAAGAUCUGUUGGCUCGAAGCAAUAUGCUUUUAGCCAAGGCCAUAGCAUCACCUAUGGCAGCUUCCCUUAAGCUAAGUGUUGUAGGAGGGUUACAGUAUCUGUCCUUGACAAGUCCUGACAUUGCCUAUGCUGUAAACAAAGUAUGUCAGUUCAUGCAUUGCCCAAAACUCCCUCAUUGGACUGCUGUCAAAAGGAUUCUUAAAUAUCUAAAGGGUACUCUGAAUUUUGGUUUGAGUUUUAAGAAGUCUUCCAAGCUCAACCUUCAAGCCUACACCGAUGUUGACUGGGCAGGGUGUCUAGACGACAGACGUUCAACUGGUGGAUUUUGCAUCUUUCUUGGACAUCACUUGAUCUCUUGGAGCUCCAAGAAGCAAAAGACAGUUGCUAGAUCCAAUACUGAAGCUGAGUACAAAUCUUUGGCAUCUACUGCUGCUGAAUUGAUUUGGCUACAAACACUUCUCCGUGAACUUGGUAUUUUUUUUGCCACAGCCACCUACUCUUUGGUGUGA